AUGUCAAAGAUCCGUAUUUUUCUGGGACUGGCUGGAUAUUACCGAUGUUUCGUAGUGGGGUUCUCGUUGAUCGUAGAGCCGUUGACUAAGUUGUUGCGCAAAGGAGUUCCUUUUGUUUGGACUGACGCACAGCAGGAGUGCUUCAAGAAGCUCAAAACAGUUUUGACUCAGGCUUCAGUUCUGAUACAGCCUGAGCCUAGUAAGGACUUCGUGGUUUACAGUUAUGCAUCACAUCUUAAGACUCAUGAGGUUAAUUAUCCGACGUAUGAUUUGGAGUUGGCGGCAGCUGUCAUUGCAUUUAAGAUUUGGAGGCAGCGUCGGUGGAUUGAGCUGCUCAAGGACUACUACUGCAGUAUUGAGUAUCACCCUGGAAAGGCCAAUGUGGUGGCUGAUGCAUUAAGCAAUAGGGCUGUGGCUGGUUUGAGAGCGUUGUUCGCUCGACUGCAUCUUUAUAACGAUGGGAGUCUCCUGGCUGAGUUGCAGGUUAGGCCGACGUGGCUGGGUCAGAUUAAGGAUAAGCAGAUAGGAGAUGAGUAUCUUCAGUUGCGAUUUCGUCAAGUUGAGACUGAGACUACAACUGAUUUUGGGAUUAAUAGUGAUGGGUUGGAGCUACCUCCAGAGUUGGAUCGUAUACAUGACGUAUUCCACGUCUCGAUGUUGAGACAUUAUCGCUCUGAUCCCACACACAUUGUGCCUAUGGAGGAGAUUGAGGUUAGACCGGAUCUGACGUUCGAGGAGAAGCCAGUUCAGAUUUUGGAUCAUGACAUUAAGGUCUUACGUAGGAAGUCUAUUCCCUUAGUAAAGGUGCUGUGGCGGAAUCAUGGCACUAAGAAAGCUACUUGGGAGCCAGAGGAUUUGAUACGACAACAGUAUCCUCACCUUUUAUAA